AAAUUUAAGGGUCAUUUUUUUCUUGUGAUUGUGGUUAGAGGUCGGUAAGAUCGUUGUUUGCGGGGUCCCGCAUGCGGGAUUUUUCUUAAAUGUAGGCGGGACGGGAUCCCACGGGAUAAAUCCCACAAUUAAAAAAACGCGGAAUUGCGGAGUGGGAUCCGGCGCGGGAUUUUGAGAGAUCCCGACCCGCACCGACCUCUAUUUUUGUUAUUAGUUUUUUUUCCUUUACAGAUUUAAAAAUAAGAAAAUUUAAAAUGCAAGUUGUUCAUCAAGAUACUCGUCGUCAAAGUAAUCCUCAACAACAACAAAUUGUCGUUUUACAAACAGAAAAUAGCAACAAUGAUAUUGAUGGAACAACAAAUAGAGUUGCUAGUGUAACUUUAGAAUCUGAUUCACUUUCUGCUGACCAACCAAUGAGUUUUAGAAGUAAAAGGCGCAAGAAAAUUCCAAGAAAAGAAAAGAUGACAGAAAUGGAUUUGGAUGGUAAGGAGAAAAUGAAAUCGUCAAGUGUUGAGGAUGACAAUAACAACAAUGUUGCUUUGCCUAAAGGUAAUAAAACAAGGAUGGAUUGGGAAAUGACAGAGACUAUACCUUCAUCUUCCUUAAUGACUUCUGAUGUGGCUACUAACUAUUCGGAUGUAUUUUCUGAUUUUUCUGAUGAGAGUACUUCUGAUGCUGAUGCGGAUGAUGAACAAUCGGAUUGGCCAGACUCCUGCAAGCCUCCUUUCCGUUCUUCCACAAAUCAACAUGGAGUAGGCCACCAUCUUCUCCAUCCUGAUGUUAAUUCAACUAGUGGAGAUGCUGUUUUGAGUGGUCCUGUAUUAAAAGAAGUUCAGGAAUUUUUGAAGGAUUCUUCAAAAAAAGAAUUGUUUCUUGACAAAGUUUAUCGGACAUCUGCUAUUAAACAAAUACUUCGACAAGAAGCAGUUCAAGUACAAAUUGUCAAAAAAGGACGUGGUACUGUUGCAUUGAAAAAAAUUUGA